AGGUGUGCGCAUCGCUCAGCGCUGCCCGCGGGAACCUCCGCUGUACCUCGGGGAACGGCAGAGGAAAGCUGCUUCUUCCUCCUGCAGCCGCCGCCCGGACCGCUUCUUUCUUUUACUUUUAUUAUUUUGAACUUCCUUUCCCCGAGCUGUGCCCGCCCGUCUGCCACCCUGGCGCAUCUCUUACCGGCCCCGGCCAUGUACAGCAUGCUGGAGACCGAGAUCAAGACGCCACAGCCCACGCCGGGCAGCGCCGGGGGGAACCCGGCCCCGGGCGGCAACGGCAAAGGCGGCGGCGGGGCCGGCAGCGGAGCGGGGGCCGGGUCGGACCAGGACCGUGUGAAGCGCCCCAUGAACGCCUUCAUGGUGUGGUCGCGGGGCCAGAGGCGGAAGAUGGCCCAGGAAAAUCCCAAGAUGCACAACUCGGAGAUCAGCAAGCGCCUCGGGGCCGAUUGGAAGCUGCUGAGCGAUGCCGAGAAGCGGCCCUUCAUCGACGAGGCCAAGAGGCUGCGGGCCGUGCACAUGAAGGAGUACCCGGAUUACAAAUACCGGCCCCGGAGGAAGACCAAGACCUUGCUGAAGAAGGACAAAUACUCUCUGCCGGGCAACCUGCUGGCCCCCGGAGGGGGCAACGCGGUGAGCAGCCCCGUCGGGGUGGGCCAGAGGAUUGACACUUACGCCCAUAUGAACGGUUGGACCAACGGGGCUUACUCCCUGAUGCAAGACCAGCUGGGCUACGGGCAGCACCCGGGCAUGAACAGCCCGCAGCUGCAGCAGAUGCACCGCUACGACAUGCCGGGCCUGCAGUACAGCCCCAUGAUGUCCACGGCUCAGACCUACAUGAACGCCGCCUCCACCUACAGCAUGUCCCCCGCCGCCUACGGCCAGCAGCCCUCCACGGCCAUGAGCCUGGGCUCCAUGGGCUCGGUGGUGAAGUCCGAGCCCAGCUCGCCUCCGCCGGCCAUCACCUCGCACUCGCAGAGGGCCUGCCUGGGAGACCUGCGGGAUAUGAUCAGCAUGUACCUGCCCCCGGGGGGCGACGCCACAGACCCUUCGGCCCUGCAGGGCAGCAGGUUGCACAGUGUGCACCAGCACUACCAGAGUGCCGGGACUGCCGUGAACGGCACCGUACCACUAACUCACAUAUAAACAAACUGGCCUCCUCCGGACGGCUCCUCAUCGCAACCCCAGCACCGGGACGUGCGGCUCAGCAGACUCGAGACUAACUUGGGAGAAAUUUUAAACAGAAAAUCCGUUAGUUGUCUUUUUUUUUUUUUCCUCCUUUUGUACAAAAAUGAUUUGGGCAAUCUGUUCUUUUAACAGAGCACGACCGCCUCCUAAAGCCCCGUGAAGUUCUUAAGCCACGGCGACUCUCCCGGUCUCCGCGGGUUUGGGCGUAGUUUUGUUCGCUUCCAAGUCUUAAAGAUGGUGCAUCUUCCCGUUCGAUUUUAGCGUUGCAAUGACAAAACGAAAAACCGACCCGGCGGGUGUUGUUUUCAAACUCAGUUGUUCCGUUGUUUACAUUUUCGUUGUGGUUACUGAAAGUGUUGUUCUUCCCACCUUGCCGAACGCAGCUCGGUUCGUGUCCGCAAUUCGUAGAGUUUUUGACUUUAGGGUUUUGUUCCUACGGAAAGGGGGCGGUGGGAGAGAGCUGUGCGGGUCGCAAACCCUUUCUUUUAUUUAUAGCAAGUUGUGUGUCUGGGUUUUUCUUAAGCUGUAAACUUAUGUAAAUCGGUUUGUGAAUUUUACUGUGAACGAUGUUUUGACAUAUCAGACGAAGAAACGUUUUAAUUUUUUUUUGUUUGUUUACCGAAUUUCUUCCAAAAAAAAAGAAAAAGUUAUCGAAAAUCUCCUUCCCUGUGCCUCGUUUUCUUCUAUCUUUAAAACGAAGAGUCCUCCGUAUGCUUUACACGGCGUUUGUGCGGGGCGGCUCCGCCGCUCAAUGCGUCCCGUCCCGCACAGCCGCUCCUCGGCUGGGCCAGGGGCUGUCGAUCGCCGUGUGACUUCGUUCCUCCUCGGAGCCUCCGCGCCGUUCCCGAACGGACCGCUGGAGCCGCGUUGCUCCCGCACGGCGGCCACUUGUUGCCUCUUCUGCUGACGGGAGGGAAGGGCUGAAACUGCGCCUCGCAUCUUUUAUUAUACUUUUUUUUUUUUUUCUUUUCCUCUGGAGGAUUUGCCCAGAAGCCCGAACUCAUCUGAAAUAUUUACGAAAGUAAAACCCGCUGGGGAACUCUUAAUUAGGUUCUAUUAAAAAUAAAUGGUUACAGGAGUCCCCAGAGGAAAUAAAUAAUUCAAACUUUUCGGUGUGUUUGACGAGUGUGUUUUGAGUCUGGACAACUUUUAUUUUCCUAGCAGCCCGCGUUACCGGGGUGCAUUGUUACGGACAGGCUCCGCUCCCGCUGGGCCGCAUCCUUCCCGCAGCGCUCCGCAUCCCGCCCGGCUCUGAGCACCGGCGCUCCCGCAAAGCGGCAGUGCGCGUCGCGAUGCAACUCCCCCCGGUCCGUUUUUGCCUUUCGUUUGAUACGAAUGAUGGUUUCUCUGUUUGCCUUUCUACGGAACGGAAGGAAAACGGAGGGUGUUUUCGCUGUUUGCUUUCGUUUUGCUCCGAGGGGCACCUCCGCUGCCGCUCACUGUCGGGAAGUGGAAGCCCCGUCCUCCCUACCCGCUGCUUGCGGCCUCCCGGGCCGGGCCCCCCGCCUCCCGCGGCACGUCCACCUCGUUCUCCGGCCGAGGUCGGUCAGGUCCUUCUUCCGGCUCCGCAGAGGCAAAACCGAGCGUUCUUCACUCCGCACCGCCAGUCUGUUCCUUGGUGCGCUGCCCGGCUCCCUGUCUCCCCGAGAAGAAGCUGCUGCGGGUCGGCAGCCUCGGGAAAGCCCAUGCAGCUGCCACACUGCUCUUCGGCCCCUGUGCUCCCCACUCGGUGCAGUGAGCUGGGAUGAGCCCCGGUAGCACGCAUCUUCCUCUCGGCUCAAGAGUAGCCGUGCAGGAAUCCAGUGCGCCUAACACUCUGUUCAGCUCCUUCUUAACAUUGCUGGUUACAUCUCUGGCAAACUGAAGGCUGUGUUUCCUCGUGUUGGCUCCACCAUCUCUUCUCCAUCCCUGAGGAGAAGCGACCCUAUACCCUGAGAUAGAGAGGAGU